GAAAACACCACCAUUGAUGAUCACCAUCUUCUGUUGUCUCUGGAUCUCCAUCAUGGAAUGGCCACCCUUUUCACCAGACUCGAACCCUAUUGAGUGUUGUUGGAAUUGGAUGAAGGAUAGGAUCGAGAACUGGUAUGGCCUUGAAGAAAAGCCCUCGUACGAGAAGCUACGCCAGUAUGCCAAGGAGGCUUGGGAGGCACUACCGAACGACGACUUGAAGGAACUGUUGGCCUCGAUGGCAGAUCGGUGAUUGCAGCUAAGGG